CAGCCUGACAACGGCAGUCCAGCCUGAGAGCUCCAGCCCAGCCUGACAGCGCCAGUCCAGCCUGAGAGCUCCAGUCCAGCCAUGGCCCGCACCACCCCCAGUGCCCUGCGCCCAGCUCCACUGCUGCUGCUUCUGCUGCUCGUCGUGGGCGCCUUCUGGAAAGCCACAGGGGCACCUCUAAACACCGAGCUGCGUUGCCGUUGCCUGCAGCCUGUGCGCGGUCUGCACCCCAGGAACAUCCAGAGCGUAGCGGUGACAGCGCCAGGACCCCAUUGCCACCAAACCGAAGUCGUGGCCACGCUCAAGGAUGGACGUGAAGCCUGUCUAGACCCGGAAGCCCCCAUGGUGCAGAAAGUACUGCAGAGGAUGCUGAGCAGAAGCAAAGCCAACUGAUUCCCAGAGGACCAGAAGCCCUGCUCCUGCUUCUGAAGGGAUUCUCAGAGGAGUCUAAGGAAUAGAGACAAGAUAACACCAAGGAUGCUGGGACUGUGCCAAUGCCUGUGAUGAUUUCUUAUGAAAGUUUUUUUUCUAUUUAUUUGCAUAUGUAUUAAUUUAUUUUUCUAUGCUUUUAUAUUGUUUAAUAUUUAAAGAUGUGAUGGUGUUUGAUUUUCGGAUAUCAUAUUGUAUUGUUAACUAGUUAACAAAAAAAGUUAACAUUUUUAAUGUUAACUAGAAGUUAUUUGAGUCUUGACUGGCUUAGUGUGAAGAUGAAGGGUGUGAAAUAUUUAUUUAUUAAGCUUGUUGGGCACUGCACCAGCCAGGUGGAGGAUGCAGAGAUCCAUGUUAACCUGGAAGUGUGCUUGCACAUCUGUUUGUGUAACUGUUAAGAUGAGUGUGAACCUUAGCUGUUAUUUAUUGUAAUACUUUCACAGUAUGUAGUCAACAUUUCUGAUGUUGAAGCCUUAAGAACUACAAUGUUCUAAUUAUCCCUUGGACAUUUUAUGUCUUCUUCGUAAGGCACAAUGCCUUGUUUAACCACAACUGUGCACUGUUGCUACAUGUUUUGGAAUAGAGAUAUAUUUAUUGGUAUGUUUUUACAAAUAACAUGGAAAUAAAGCCUUUA